AGGAAAGUUUGUACCCGUGCCUUCCUAAAAUGCAUCCACCAUACACUUGGCGCCAAACACCAGACCCCCAGCUCACUCUGACACUCACUUCUAGGAUGAAAAUAAUGAGAGAUCCAGCCUGAGCAGCUCGCUAAUGAAAAGUGUUAUCCUCCUCCAGAUUCCUACCACCCUCCUUGCAAUGGUGGGUAUUCAGUCAGUUGUUUUUUGGCGAAGGCUUCUAAUCCAAACAAACACUCUUCAUUCUGUCAUAUUUGAUACCGCGUUGGCACCCAACGACUUUCAAUCUACGAUCAACACGAUACUCGGACCAUUGAAAGCAUUCAAUGCCAUUGCUAAUGGACUUGCAGAUGUACGGGCGUCUAACUCUAACUAUCAUUCUAGAUGUCCUCUCUGUGUAAUGAUUACACCAUCAUCAUCAUUUGAAGGCCCUUAUAAGUUGUGCGGGCUUUGCAUGAUGGUAUGCAUCUCACUUACCUUUCAAUUGCUCGUUCUCUUUUCUUCUGCACUCUCAUCACGAUUCGUGUGUUGCUCUCCGCCUUUUGCUCACCCACCAAGCUCUCAUCCUAUUCAAACUCUAUCAUUACAGCCCUCGAGCUCAAAACACUCAUUAAUUUUUGUCUAAAAUAACAACAACGGUGUCUAGAUAAUGAUUGUUUAUUUCAAGUCAUAGUUAUGUCUGAAUACAACUUGCAAUUGUCC